GAUUACCCGGUUUGAUUAUUUACGUCUAUUUUUUUCAGGGUUAUAAAAUUAAAAUAAAUUAUACAUUGUAAAACUAAUAACAUAUUUUAACAGUAACAAUGCAAUCUUUACGACAAGGAGUUCCAGGUGAAUGGGAAAAGGAAAGAGUCAACGAUGUUUUGGCGCAAUUCGUUGUUUCACGCGAAACUUUAGAAAGCGUUAUGUUAAAGUUUAAUGAAGACUUCACUUUAGGACUGUCUUCAGAGCUGACCAAAAGGGACCAAAGUCCAGUGAAAAUGUUACCAACAUAUGUCCGCUCAAUACCAGAUGGUACUGAAGAAGGGGAUUAUUUUGCGCUUGAUUUAGGUGGUACCAAUUUCCGCGUUCUUCUUGUCAGCAUUAAAAAUAAUCAAAUUUCGAUGAGUCACAAGACAUACCCGAUGGGUUCAGCUAUCAUGGAGGGAACAGCAGAAAAUCUUUUUGGCUACAUAGCGCAAUGUCUUGCUGAGUUUGGCAAAGAAAAGCUCGGUGAAGAUUUAAAGAAAAUAGCCGCGGUUGGAUUCACGUUUUCAUUUCCAGUUGAACAAACCAGCUUGACGUCAGGUAAUCUAAUCAAAUGGACGAAAGGUUACAACGUGGCAGGCGUGGAAGGCAACGAUAUUAUCAAACUGCUUACAGAUGCUAUCGAAAGACGUAAAGAGAUUGAAGUUGAGCAGAUUGCUCUACUUAAUGACACAACCGGCGUGAUGAUGUCUUGUGCGUUUUACGAUCAAGCUGUUGCGAUUGGUCUCAUCUUAGGUACUGGAACGAAUGCUUGCUAUAUGGAGGAUAUCAGCAGCGUGAAGAAAUGGGACGGUGAUCUCAACGAACCCAAACAAGUUAUAGUCAAUACUGAGUGGGGUGCUUUCGGAGAAAAGGGAGAGUUACGAUGCGUUGCUACUCAAUUUGAUGAUAUUGUCGAUCAGGAAUCACUUUAUCCAGGACAGCAACUUUACGAGAAGAUGAUCUCCGGCAUGUAUCUCGGCGAAAUUGUGCGGCAAUGUCUUCUACAUCUCAUUAAAAUGUUUGUGCUGUUCAGAGGAAAAGUUUCGUCACAGUUAGCCGUUCAAAAUAGUUUUCUCACGAUGUAUGUUUCAGAUUUUUGCAGUGGUGAAGUUAAAAAUAUUCACGAAAUCCUCAAACUGCUUGGUUACGAGCAAGCAACAUUAUUUGAAUGUCAAGUCAUCCAAGACGUUUGUAAUGUAGUGUCGUUGAGAGCUGCCAGAUUAGCUGCUGCUGGUCUUACUACUAUCGUUAGGCGAUUGGAUAAAAACUCUCUCACAGUAGCUGUUGAUGGUAGUUUGUUCAAGAAACAUCCCACUUUUAAGCGAUUCAUGUACGAAGCUUUAGACGAAUUGCUUCCAACCACUCAAGUGAAGUUACGCUUAGCUGAAGAUGGGUCUGGACAAGGCGCUGCAUUGGUUGCUGCUGUUGCUAAUAGAUUGUCUAAAAAAUAAAUAUUUUUUAAAUUCAUGGGCGGUCGUUUACAUGAGAGUUUCACUUUGUCAGAAGUGAAUUUCAUCUCUUCGAUCUCCUUUGGGACCCCCUUCUCGAAGGAGAAACUCGCUUUGGUCUUAAUUUUACUUCGGUCUUUUCGAUAGAAGUAAACUUUUCUCUGCAUGUAUAAAAACUUAAUGUAAACACAUUGAAGGAAAGUCAAGCGAAGUCAGUGCAAUUCCGCAUGUGCGUGAGGAGGUCGGCAAUUUGAUGUAGUGGAACUUUCAUGUGAACGCCGCUUAGUGUAGUAAAGCACUUAAUUAGAAUUCUUUUAAACACUGCCACUGCAAACUAUCCUGUAGGGCACCUCUAUGGGAUAUCCGUAAGCGAACAUUUUUUCUCCUGUACUACAUGGGAACCUUCUAGAAUUUAUUGACCUCUUAUACAUUUCCACAACAACUAUCCUCGUUUCGAAUAAAAGUUAUUUUUAAUUUCAAAGAAUUUUUUUUUUUUGAAUUUUGUCUAUUAAGCCGACUCUUUUUUUAAAUACACCUUUGUCUUUGUAUAGCAUGCCUGUGAAGAAUAUAAGCGGCUUUUGUUAAAUUCGGGGAAAAUUUAGCGUACCUCUUCAAAGCAGACAACUCUAAAAGCGGGUGUCCCCUUUAGGGAACUUUUUUUUAUUGAUUAUUGUUUUUCUUUUUUUUUGGAUGUAAAAUUUUAUGUAUGUAAAUACAAAUAUACGUGUCGAAUUCUCUGUGUCACUUGUAAAUUUUGCGAAUUAAUUUAGUAAAAGAAAAAUAAUUUUUACACUGAA